UGCCCCAUCGUUGGUGUCAGUGGGGGGAGGAAUAGUGCCCCAUCGUUGGUGUCAGUGGGGGGGGGGAGGAAUAGUGCCCCAUCGUUGGUGUCAGUGGGGGGAGGAAUAGUGCCCCAUCGUUGGUGUCAGUGGGGGGAGGAAUAGUGCCCCAUCGUUGGUGUCAGUGGGGGGAGGAAUAGUGCCCCAUCGUUGGUGUCAGUGGGGGGAGGAAUAGUGCCCCAUCAUUGGUAUUAUUGGGGGAGGUAUUAGUGCCACCA